AUGUCAACUGUGCUACCCACCAGAACCGUGGUCCACGCCCGUGGCAAUGCGCCCGUUCAGGUCGUCUAUGGGCCGAACGAGGAGCGUGCCUUGCGACGCAACCAGGAGCUCAGUGGGCAGCUGGACAGAGAAACGGACGACCUAGACCGGAGCCAACGAGCCGCCUGCAAGCGGGCCAGGAAGGAGCUGGAAGCGGAUAGGAUUCUGAACGAGAAGCGUGCCCCUAGCAUCAGUCCGGCUCUGAGUCGAAAUGUUAACUUUCAGAGUAUGACCAUUCCCGGCCGAUCUUUCCCGGGACGUAUAAGCAACAGAGCACAGAGCAUGGAUGACACUCAGUCCGUAUGCUCCACCAGUCGCUCCGUGUCGAAUUCUCCGCUCCCGACAAGGGCAGGCAGCGCAGCAGGGGUCAAUCCUACCCGUCUCGCUCCCAAGCUCUGCGCGUCGGAAGACUCACUGCGCUCUGCGAGCUGCAAUGCCCUGCCUCCGAUUCGCGGUAAUGGCUGGGUCACCGCACAGCCCCCAGCUACACCUCCUAGCCCUGGGUCCGGCGGAGGGGUACGCAGCCGGGCUCAUCAACAGCGGCAAACGUACCACGGCAAAGGGAGUGUGUCCAGCGCUACACCAGAUCACCUGAGUGUGUUUCAGAGUGGCGUGGAUCCCAGGUCACUGGCGUCCCGGUCCAUGCCAAGCUUGCGUGCUGACAGCAACGACGUGUCACUGAGCACGUUCAUGAGCACCAGUGCCGGCUCAGAGGACGACACGGAUGGAGGAUUGGCCGGGCGAGCACAGUCCAGGGCAUCGCGCAAGAUGGGGUUUGUCAACCUGGACGCGAGGUCCGCGUCGCCCUGCCUCGGGUCCCGGCCGACUUCCAUGGCCAGCUCACCCAUACCCGGCAGCGCUCGGUCUUCCGUUUCCGGAGCACGUUCACCCGCGGGAGGACGGAGUCCCGGCGCGCCUCGUCGCAGGACAGUGAGUAUGCCAGGUGGUCCAAGACCUGGCUCAAAACAAGGCGGUUACAGCAGCGCUAUCUCACCACUGGCUGACAUCACUGACGGGAGCUGCAGCCCGGCAAUAGCGGCCCGGCCACCGCGAUUCUCCUUGGGCACGUUCGGCGUAGAUAGCAUAGCGUCGCUGGACCUGGAGUCCACACCGGGCUCGCCGACCAGAUCCUUGUCUCCUGAUUACGACGAUCUGGCGCUCAGCGCCGCCAGCAGUGGAGGGAUACUGACCGUGGUGCAGUCCCCGGAUAGCACACCACUGCUAGUCACAAUACACGGUGUGCUGGGCCCGGCCAUGCCACUGCCGCAGACUAUCACCGCCGACACGGCAUCGUCCGCCGCGCCAACCGAUCAGCGUCACGCUCCCCGUGCACCCGUCACGGCCCCGACGCCUCCGCACGACGACACGGAAGUGACGAGCCGCACGGGCUGGUCACGCACUCCCUCGGCCAUGGAAGUUGAAGCAGACCGCAUGGCCCUGAGCGAUCCUUCCACGCUGAUUUUUGGGCCCGGGUAG